AUGGAUCUCUUUGAGUUGUAUUUGAGGCGAAAAAUUAUGUUUGAGGCAUACGAAAGACGGUUUCCGAACUGCCCUCAGAUACCAGUGGUCUUGGAGUGCGUCAUCACAGAUGAUAGCUGGACGGCUGAUGAUGCGCAGCGUCACACUACCAGACGCUGUCAGCUUAACGUUGAAGCACCUUAUCUUCUGAAAAAGAUGAUAGGUGUGGACUACGUAUACUUCAUCCAGAAGAAUCAUCUGGACCUCAAGGGUCGUGUUCUGGAUAUCGAAGCCACAAAUGAGACUUUCGCAUCGAGGGUGUCUGUUGUCGAGAAAUGUCGUUAUUAUGUUCAUCCCGAGAACACGAAUUGGACCUGUUUCGAGCAGAGCGCACUCCUCGAUGUGAAGAAUUUCUUCGGUCUGGAGAGCACUGUGGAGAAGAUAGCAAUGAAACAGUACGCCUCCAACAUUGCAAAAGGCAAGGAGCUAAUUGAAGAGUUCAUGAAAGAAGUCUAUAAUGAUGGCGUGAAGGAGCUCAAACCCUGGACAUCAUCUGACCCCUCGCUCAACCGGGAGCUCCGUCGCGUGGUGUCCCGUGGCACGGAGCCAUUAUCCCCACGACCCGCUGCUGAAACCAAGAAACAUUCUUUACCAGAUACAUGCGGGUUAGCCCUAAUUCCAGCCCCCGAUUAA